AACUAAACAAAAAAAAUGACCAAGAAAGUUCAUUACACAGUCAAUUCAUUGCAUUAGUGAGUAGACUCGGUACUGAUUAGCCAUCAAAACGAGUGAACUCGUCCACUUAUUUAUACCCACCUAACUCAUCUCACCUACUCAACUCAUUACCCUCUCUUUAAUUUCAUUUCUUCCCCAUCAAUCUGAUCCGUUUAGAACUAUGGAUCUUCAAAUUGUAGAUGGAGGUCGAAGAAAUUCGACGCUAAUCUGUGCACCAAUAAUGGAAACUUCAGUUGAUCAAAUGUUGGUUCAGAUAAGAAAGGCAAAGGAGCUUGGAGCUGACAUUGUUGAAAUUCGGGUGGAUUUCUUAGAUAAUUUCAAUUGUAGACAGGAUCUUGAGGUUUUGAUUAAGCAAAGUGUUUUACCAACUCUUGUCACUUACAGGCCUAAAUGGGAAGGUGGCCAGUAUGAUGGUGAUGAAAGCAAGCGUCAGGAAGCACUUCAUCUAGCCAUGGAAUUGGGAUCAGAUUUUAUUGAUGUUGAGCUCAAGGUAGCUCAUGAGUUUUUCAAUUCCAUUCAAGGAAACAAACCUGAAAAGACCAAAAUUAUUGUUUCUUCUCACAAUUAUGGAAAUACUCCAUCCGUAGAGGAAAUCGGCAACCUUGUUGCUAUGAUUCAAGCCACUGGAGCUGACAUAGUAAAGAUAGCAACUACAGCUUUAGACAUCACAGACAAUGCACGGAUGUUUCAAGUGCUUGUACAUUCACAAGUCCCGAUGAUAGGCCUUGUCAUGGCUGAGAGAGGCUUGAUGUCAAGGAUACUUGCUGCAAAAUACGGAGCUUUUCUCACUUUUGGUUCAAUUGAGGCAGGUGUAGUAUCUGCUCCAGGGCAACCAACUAUUACAGAUUUAUUGGAUAUAUAUAAUUUCAGACAAAUUGGAGCUGAUACUAAAGUGCAUGGUAUGAUCGGAAAUCCCAUUGGUCACAGCAAAAGUCCUCGCCUCUAUAAUCCGGCAUUUAAGUCGGUUGGUUUUGAUGGAAUUUAUCUGCCUCUUUUGGUUGACAACGUUGCAAAUUAUAUCUCCACCUAUUCAUCUACAGAUUUCAUUGGAUACAGUUAUACAACUCCUCACGAGGAAGCCGGACUUAAGUGUUGUGACGAGGUUGAUCCAGUUGCCGAGGCAGUUGGAGCUAUUAAUUGCAUGGUUAGGAGGCCAACAGAUGGCAGGCUACUAGGAUACAAUGUUGACUACCUUGGAGCUAUAUGCGCAAUAGAAGAGGCAUUACGAGAAUGUAACGAUACCCCUGCUUCUGUUUCUCCCUUGGCUGGCAAGCUUUUUGUUGUCAUGGGAGCUGGUGGAACUGGAAAGGCUCUUGCUUAUGGUGGAUACAAGAAGGGAGCAAGAGUAGUUGUUGCCAAUCGCUCAUUUGACAAAGCCAAAGAAAUUGCUAGUAAAGUUGGAGGAAUAGCAAUGACUCUAGCUGAAUUGAAAGAUUUCCAUCCAGAAGAAGGAAUGAUCCUUGCUAAUACCACAUCAGUUGGAAUGCAACCAAGAAUUGAUGAUACUCCACUUCCUAAGGAAGCUUUGAAUCACUACUCAUUGGUCUUUGAUGCAGUUUACACCCCAAAGUUGACCAGACUUUUAAGAGAAGCACAAGAAUGUGGUGUUAUUACUGUUUACGGGGCAGAAAUGCUCAUCAAUCGAGCAUUUGUACAGUUCGAAAAAUUCACUGGUUUGCCUGCACCAAAACAAAUAAUGAGGGAUGUCUUGGCAAAAUUACAUAAGACAUCAGAUUGAUGAACAGCUGAAAAUUAACAUUUCUCUUAAAAAAAGAGUAAGGACCUUUUCCGCAAACGGAGAAAAAAUUAAGCACCAAAAACAAUACAAUUAUAUGAAUUUUGUUACUUGAACAGCAAAUGAACAAUUCAAUUUAGUCCAUAUAAAACAAAUUAAUAAGCAGUUUUUUGUUUAUUUGCCUUUCGUGGCAAGAUAAUGUUCCCAAUUGGGGUCCACAUUUUCAAAA